AUGGAGCAGGGGCCGGCCGGGGCGCCCGCCGCCGUGGCCGCCGCCGGCGUGCUGGUGCCUCUGAGCGAGAGCGAGCAACAGCGCUACUCGGAGCUCUUCUCGCGGUGCUGCCCGCCCCCCGAGGCGGCCGCCGGGGGCAGCAGCGUGGGGGAAUUGUUCCGGGCCUCGCAGCUGCCCCCGGACACUCUGCACCAGAUCACAGAAGUUUGUGGAGCCAAACGUGUGGGCUAUUUUGGUCCUGCUCAGUUUUACAUUGCUUUGAAGUUAAUUGCGGCAGCGCAGUCAGGGUUCCCAGUACGGAUUGAGAGCAUUAAGAAUGAAUUGCCUCUGCCACGGUUCAUGGCGCUGAAAAAUGACAGCGAAGUACGCUAUGGGACUCCAGCAGAGCUCCAUGGGGCUAAGUUUCAGUCUCCACACGCAACUCUGGAAAAAAAUUCCUUCAAAAGAACAGAUGAAGUAGACAAACAGCAGGAACCCAAGUCUCCACCAAUGUCUCCGAUCUGUUCACCUCCUGCUUCUCCGUCUACCUACCAGAGAAUACCCUUAACUUACGGAUAUGGUAAAUCAAGAAGUGGGCUGGAGCAGCAGCAUGGAGCUCCCUAUGAAGUCAGACACUCUACUCACCAGCAAGAUGGAUCAUCAUCAGGGAAUUAUGGGGCCAAACCUGCUCUCUCAUGUUCAACUCUUAGCCGGUCUCUUUCAGUGGAGCGGGAGCAGCCGGACAGCAGUGCCCAUUACUCAGAUGACCCUUGGAGGAUAACCGAGGAGCAGCGAGACUACUAUGUCAACCAGUUCAAGUCCCUGCAGCCUGAUCUGAACUCUUUUAUUUCAGGUUCUGUGGCAAAGAAUUUCUUCACGAAAUCAAAGCUGCCCAUCCCAGAGCUUUCUCACAUCUGGGAGCUCAGUGACGUGGAUUGCGAUGGGGCGUUGACACUCCCUGAGUUUUGUGCUGCUUUCCAUCUGGUGGUUGCAAGGAAGAAUGGUUACCAGUUGCCUGAGACACUGCCUGAGACACUGCUGCCGGACUACCUCCAAGCAGCCUCCUUGAAGCCUCUGCGUGAGUGUGCGCUGUUUGAUUCUUACUCUGAAGCAUUGCCUGGCGGCCAGCCGACUCGGGACUUCAGCCGGAUGGAGAAGGCAUCAGCUGAAGAGGUACCUGAUAAUUCUGCCCUGAUAAAAGAUACGAGCAAAGAUGACAAACAAGCUCUUAAAGUAAGCACUGCUGUCAAAGUGAUACCAAAGGAAUUUCAGCACUUGACUGUGAAAACAGCUGCUCAGGAACCUCAUGCACUUAAAGCCAGGCCCAGAUCCAGGUCUUAUUCUAGCACAUCCAUAGAAGAUGCCAUGAAAAAGGGAGAAGAGCCCCCUACUCCACCUCCAAGGCCACAGAAGUCACAUUCCAGAGCUUCCUCUUUGGAUCUGAACAAAAUAUUUCAACAAAACACACAAGCUGUGAGGUCUGGCUGGCUGCCCCCACCACCACCCGCGCUGCCCCCUCGACCUUCUGUAUCUCAGACAGAGCAAGUAUCUGAGGUUGAAUUACAUCCUCAGAUGAAUAGACCCCCAUCCCAGACAGAAGAAAACAGCUCAGCAAAAAAGGAGGUUGUUCUUGCUCAACCGCCCUCCAAACCGGCCCGCAGGAAGCUCCGGACAGAGGUGCAGGGGCUGGAGACCCCUGAGCUUUCUCCUACCGUAAAUGUGACCUCUUCCCAGCCAGCAGCAAAGCCUCACCUUCCAGUCCAAAAACAGACUUCCAAGCAGAAAAGGGCUAUUCAGACUGCUAUACGAAAAAACAAAGAAGCCAAUGCUGUGCUUGCCAGGUUAAACAGUGAGCUCCAGCAGCAGCUGAAGGAGGUCCAUAAGGAACGAAUUGCCUUGGAAACGCAGCUGGAGCAGCUACGCCCUGUAACUGUCUUGUGACCUCCAGCACACUGCACAGCAGCAGAGUGUGUGCACCAAUGGCCUUGCAGCCACCAAGGUGACAUGGUGGGUCCCCAGCUUGCCCUCCACACCCUGCUGCACCUGCUUGCCUCUGUAGAUGGGGAAGGUACAGAAAGCAAAUACCAAACUGUCAGAUGGCUCUGGGCAGGUGCUUUGCCCUCUUCUCUCCCUCUUCCUAACCUAACGUGUAAAUGCAGUUUGCCACUGAAAUGAAUGAGAGUAUUUUAUUUAUGCCAAGAGCCCCUGAUUUAUACAUAUUCUUGCAACGCCUCCUAUCCUGAAUGUUAAGAGGUACAUAAUUCCAGAAUUGGUGUUUAAAUGUAAAACCCAUCCUCUGAGAUGGGUUCCUGGAUGUUACCAGCUCCUGUAGGAUGGUAGAGGACGUGUGGAUUGAAAGCACAGCAGGAAUCCAACUCGUUAGACGAAAAGAGUCUCUAUCCACAAUCAUGUGUCAGAUAAUUAUUUUCUUAGUGCUGUUUAUUAUUCAAUCACAGAUGUAUUUUAAUGUUAGAGAACUUGUAUUUUAUAAGUUACAAUUCAUAGGAGAGAACAGUAAAAAUAUUAAAUUUUUAUUAUUUUGGAAAUUACAAAAAAAAAAAUCUGUUUUUUGAGCUAUAACUCUUUCCUAUCACCCAUAUUUGAUCACUUGCUUGCAACUGACGGUGUCUCUGCAUAAAAAAAUUUCUUCAAACCAACAGUGUAUUUCUAACAAGAGGUUAAAAAUGCAUUCUGGGCAUUUUUGUAAAAGCUAUCCUAAGUAUAUUUGUAUUGGUCUGCUUUGUUGUUUUAACAGCUGCUAGUUUGUUUUAAGGACAUGUGUAGGAACUGUAUUUCCAAAAGAAGAGAGAGAUCAAAACUGCUGCACAUGAGAUUGCAAAGUGAAUGAUGGAACCAAUUGCUUUUUACAGCAGGCUUUCAUUCAGGUUCUGUUGCACCUCAUUGAAGAUACCACUGAUAGGAUGAAGCUGCUAAUGCCCAUCUGGUUUUCAAAUGAAGAAACAAAGAUUAUUAUUAUUGUUGUUGUUGUUGUUUUUACCUGGUCUGCUCCAAGGCCAAUUGAACUCCAUGGAGAAUUUUCAUGGAUGCAGUGGUCAUUGGCUUUAAUCUCAGUUCUCGUGAUGGAAGCUUCUAAUUAAUGUUGCUUUAUCUCUUAAGGGGCCAAUAUUCUUAUACUGAGUGAUUUCAGAGAUAUUAUCAACCUCGCUCCUUUCAUGGAUAUGAUGUGUGCUGUGCUGCUAGGGUAUGUCACCUACUUGUUAGUCAUCUUAAACACAAUGCUGCUUAUGUUUCAUAUCCAGUUGUUCAUUGACUUGAUAUAAGAAUACACUUUGCAAAAACUGUGCACCAGAUCGGGGGUUUUUUUUGGACCAUUUUUGGUCUUGUACAUUCUCCCAUUAGCUAUAUGAUGGCUUUGGGGUAGGGAGGAAGGAGGAGCAAAUUUGAAAUAAGUAGGUGGCCUCCCUUUGGGGUGUGUCAUAGCAUGGCUGCAGUGAGAUAUCAGGGGGCAUCAGAACAGCCAAGAGUUUUGUUUAGAGAUAAAUAAGAAUGACGUCAACAGGAAAGUGUAAAGUGAUGAGGAAGCACAUUAUUUUUGCUGCAAUGGUUGCAGAUGUGGGAUAUGGAUCCAGAAGUCUAAAGGUGACUUUAGUCUAAACACUUAUUGCAGAAUUGUUAACAAAAAUCUGUUUCUAUAACACAUUGCUUUUGAUUCAACUAAACGUCACUGUGUGAAUGAGCAACAGCCUUUUCUCUGGAUUUGGAACUUUUUUAGUGGGACUGUUGCUUAGAUGGAGUCAGAUGGUCAUUUCUGAUCAGUGACAAACUGUGAGAGCUGCAGACUCCUGGGAAGCUGCAGAAGAGCUAUUGUCCUUGUGCUAUCAGUGGUGCUGUUUGAAAACUAACAUUGUUUAUUUGUAAUAUUGAGUCUUUCCCGAAAUUUUAUUUAGGUUAAGUGCUCUUCUGUGUUUGCAUUUUAGUUCUCGUGUUGCGUUUGGUUAAUAAACCCCUGCUAUUAAAUUGGAAA